UAACUUUGAACAGUCACUAAAUGAACUCUUGUAUGUUGAGGAGUAUUUGUACACCCUUUGUUCCUAUUGCUGUUCCCUUGAUCUGAAAACUUUCUUCCCGUUUGAGAAACAAUUUCUUCUACAUUUUUUUUGGUGGGAAAAAAAAAUGUGGGAUUUAGUCUUGACAACUUCCAAAGAUUAACAACGAGGUGUAAACUGGUUUGGUUAAGAGGAAGCAGAUAAUGAAGGUAUGUCUUGUUCUCCUGCUGAAUGUAUCCUAAUUGUUAGAAGCAUAAUUACCUGUGCUGAAUAUGGAAAGACUGUGACAGGCACACCCAGAGAGAGAGAGAGAAAAACAGGGACUAGCUCCUUGCUCAAAAGCUCAAAUAAGCACUCAGCUUCCAUUAUACAUUGGGCAGGAGAGCCGUUUUCCUCAACGCAAAGCAGCCAGAAAUCCUACAGGUGCAAACUCUUCCUUCCAACGAUACAGCCAAGGUAACUGCUUGGCGCCACCGUCAACAAUCCCAAUGUCACAGUUUUUAAUAACUGGAAGAAAGAGCUUCUCAGAUGUUUUACGGUGCUGAAAAGCAUGGAAUCUCUCCCCGAAUCAUCUUUCAAGGGAGAUCAGCUGUGGAUGGUGCAGGUUUUAUUUUGGGCCUGAAAGAAGAGUUGGUUUUUCCAGAAAAGCUCAUUGGAAUUUUUUUUAAAGAAACCUGAAAGGUGAGGCUUUCUUUUUUUUACUUAUUUAUAAUUGAUGUUAGGCCUGAACAGGCAGAGCAAGUACCAAUAAUUCCUUCCAGUCAAUCAAACUCCUGGAAGGGGGAAACCAUUAGCAACAGCAUCUUACAGAAGAAAGAUGAGCAGAAAAGAGACAGUAAUCUUGCAAUAACAAGGUUAAAAUCCUUGUUAUCCUUGUUUGUGUAUCGGCUUACGGAAGGCGACACGGGGAAGCACGGGGAAGACGACACACUUCAGCUUGUGUGAAAUCCGCUUUGUUUUUGCAACACAAACAGCUUGCCUCCCUUUUAUCAACCAGCUUUGGAUGUGCAUGUUUAUUAACGUUUAGGAACCGAGGACAUAGUUCGUAAACCAAUGAAACUCAUUAUCUGUUACACCAUCCAGGAAGUGAGAUGCAGGAGUUCAGUCCUUUGGUAUCACCCGUGGAUGGCUGUCUCUGUGUGACUUGAUGAAUGCAAUGCGCCUUGUGUUAGAAGGGGAUUGCAAAGUGGGUUUCUGCACUUCAGCAAACAGUGAGAUUUCUGCUUUCUGGACUUGGAAGGUGUUUUUUUUUUUUUUUUAAAUACCAGGAAGCAGAGGUUUUGUUUUUUAAAGAAAGAAAUAAGGCCAACCAGGUAUGAAAAAAGACUCCUGGCCACACCCAAGAAUUAAUGCUAUCAGAAUCAGUUUCUCCACCUAUACCGUUCUUAAGAAAGGGAAGAAUUGGCACCACAUCAGAUCUAUUCUGUCCUUGCAGCCAAUUGUGUAGCAGGUUCCUGACAGCAUAAAAUGCUGCAGGGAGGUUUUCAUCCAAGCUCUGGACGGAAGGCUGAAAGGUCACCUUAAGAGGAGGUCACCCCACAGUCCAGGUAUGAACUGGCACCAGGGCACCAGCGUCCAGCUGAGUGGGCUGGUCGUCUCCCUCUUCGGUUGGGUCUUGUCGUGCGUGACGACUUACGUGCCUCUCUGGAAGAGCCUCAACUUGGAAUUAAACGACCUGGAGAUCUGGAAUAUGGGACUGUGGCAGACCUGCAUCAGCCAGGCGGUUCUGCAGUGCGAGAACUACGCUUCCCUCCUGGCCCUGCCUUUGGAGAUCAAGAUUUCCAGGGUGCUGAUGGUGACUUCCAACGGGCUGGGCUUCCUGGCAUUCACCUUGGCUCUUUUGGGAUCCGACUGCCUGAAGACAAGCGACCCCAGGCAGAAGAGACAUUUUGGGAUUACAGGCGGCAUCCUCUUCUGCGUCUCCGGAGUGACCACUCUUGUUCCCAUCUCCUGGGUGGCCUACAACACGGUGCAAGACUUCUGGGAUCAAAACGUCCCGGACGUCGUCCCGAGGUGGGAAUUUGGGGACGCCCUUUUCCUGGGAUGGUUCGCUGCGUUUUUCCUCCUCCUGGGGGGCUGCCUUGUCAUCGGCGCUGCCAGUUUCCUAAAGACCCCGAAGGCGUCUAAGAGGCCAGCAAUAUGCCACAAAGCGGAGGUAGCCACGCUCGCCAUCCAGCAGCUGCACUCCGCCCCCAAAAACGCAGACCUUGUCAUCUGAGCACCUGGACCUCGUCUGGAAUGGGACGAUGGUUGGGGGCAGUUGUGGUUGAGAUCUCUGCCAAGGACAGCUUGGGAAAUCACGCUGACAAGGGGGUCACCCGUUUCCCGGCUGUGUGUUGUGUUCUCCCUAAGCGCCACUUAGAAAUGUAUUCUUGAGUAAUGUGCUGGCAGAGGAGGGUCGUUGGGGGGUCCUGUAUCUACUCUUAGGCAGAAGACAAGGCUUCCUCUCCUCCCUGCCCCCACCUUUAAUCUUUUGGAGAAGAAUGACGUAAAAACCACCCCGGUUUAAUGACGGAAGGAAUGUCGGUGGAGGAUCGGAUGUCUGCAGAAUAAAGCUCCAUUCAACAAGCAUUGUUAGGCUUUAAAAAGCCAUUAAGCACUUAUAGAAAUUGGAACUCUUUUACUUGGCAUCAGAGGCAGAUCAGCCAUCCUGGGCAGAGACUUGGGGAUACUCGGAUAACAGUUUCAAGCGGGGCAGAAGAAAGCAAUCCACAAGCCAAGGCACUGGGUGAGCUUCCAUGGAUGGAUUCAGGAGCCAGCCCUGUUUUCUUCAGCCAACUCUCCUUUCGAAUAGUCUUAGCGCUCCUUAAGGCAACCUCUCUCAUCAACCGGGGACACAACAGCUGGAUUGUUGUGCCACCAUUUUUGAUAGAAAGGUCACGUAGGAAGAGUUUGCAACUUCAAAACAGUUCUAGGGUCGACCUUCUGCAAUCGGAGGCAUGCGCUGGCAGGACGCCAGCCUCUUUGUGGAUCACAGCCAGAGGUGAUGGAGCAAUUUAUUUAUUCUCCGAAUCUAAGGAAAUUAAGGGGUUGUUGGGUUGUGUGUGUGAAGUUAACUGCCACGGGGGACAUGCCUGGAGGCUUCAGAAUGACCGCUGAAAAUUAGCAGAAGUUGUCUGUAGUUUUCAGGGAUAGAAACAAAACCGCAAAUAUCUUUAAAUAGGGUAAUAUUUAUUGCACUUUGAAACCAGAAAUCUCGUCAGAUUUGUAUUUCCCAUCUCAAUUUGUUAGCCUUCUAAUAAAAACAGAUUGCUUUAAAAGAUCUUGAGGGAAAAAAAAUAUAAUCAUUAAAAGUGUGACUUUAUUCAGCUCGGUUUCGUCCUGACUUCAGUGCAUCCUUUGCCAAUUCUACCCUGGUAAUUAAACUUCGGUGAUUGACGUUCAAGAAAUUAUUUGGAGGAAGGUUCAAGGAAGCGGCUUCCAAUCUCGGCCUUCUGCGGGUUCUGCAGUUCUGUCCUCCUCUUCCUCCUCCCCUGGCACAAAUGCCAGUGCUUAAAACAGCAGCCGGGGCAACAGCUGCAUGCCAAGUGGCUCACCCAUAAGAACGGCUACCGAAGAGGGCAGAGGGACUGCGGACGCGCGAAUUCUCUCACUGCGAGGAAACCUUGUUUACAAUUAAGGUUCCUUCGCCCAGAGCUUCCCUGUGUGUUAUUUGACCCCCUGGGGAUGACUUGACUUAUGCCCAAAUUUGCGGUACUUGAAGGUCAGCAAGGGUCAAGGGCCCCUGGCCAGUAUUGUCCAUGCAGUCCUCCUCACAAUUAAUGGCAGCAUUCAUGGAGCCCAGCGGUGCCGCAUUAACAUCCUGGGAGGUCAACAUGUGGGGCAGGUGCCUUUAAAAAGUCCACAGGGUCCGCCCACAAUCCUCUCAAGAAACCCCUGGAACCUCUGGCCAGAGAAAGCGCCGACGUGGCAAAAUGGGACUGUCUCUAUACAAGGCUUAGUGUAAAAUGGCAGAUUCUUCCUAAAAAGGCUCCCCACAAAUCUCCUUGCCG